CUACAUUCGCCAAAAGUGGCAACUCUUUGGAACUGCGACUGUGGCGGCAUUUCGAGCGGAAUUAAGGACUUGGCUUAUUUUGCGUUAUUCACUGUCAGUUCCAAAGCCAUGCCGCGUGUCGUCAAACUAAAAGCAGCUGCCGGCACAGCGCCGGCAAAAAAAGCGGCGCCGGCCAAGAAGGGCAAGAGCAAGCUGUACGACAUGCCGGAGAAAAUUACGGAGGGCACCGUGUUCACCGACAUGACAAAGGGCCAGUGGCGGAUUGGCACUUCUAUUGGGAUAGGGGGCUUUGGCGAAAUCUACUCCGCUUGCAAAGUGGGCGAAAAGAACUACGAUGCUGUGGUGAAAUGCGAGCCUCACGGAAAUGGGCCGCUCUUCGUGGAGAUGCACUUCUACCUGCGUAAUGCCAAGCAAGACGACAUCAAACAGUUCAAGCAGAAGAAAGGUCUCAAGUCUCUGGGCAUGCCCUACAUCCUGGCCAAUGGAUCAGCAGAUGUCAAUGGACAAAAGCACAGAUUUAUUGUGAUGCCGCGCUAUGGCACUGAUAUAUCCAAGUUCUUCUUAGAGAAUGGCAAGAUACUGCCCGAGGGCACCGUAUACAGGCUGGCUAUUCAAAUGUUGGACGUAUAUCAGUACAUGCACGGCACUGGCUACGUUCAUGCCGACCUUAAAGCGUCCAAUAUCCUGUUGGGAUUGGGAAAAGGCGGUGGCGCCCAGGCCUAUCUGGUCGAUUUCGGCCUGGCUUCCCACUUUGUAACUGGAGAUUUCAAACCAGACCCCAAAAAGAUGCACAACGGCACCAUUGAGUACACAUCAAGGGAUGCACAUCUUGGUGUGCCCACGAGGCGGUCUGAUUUGGAGAUCCUGGGAUACAACCUAAUUGAGUGGCUUGGCGCUGAGCUACCCUGGGUGACUCAGAAACUACUCGCAACUCCAGCAAAGGUUCAAAAGGCCAAGGAGUCUUUUAUGGACAACGUCGAGGGCAGCCUCAAGUCGCUCUUCCCGAAAGGAGUUCCUGCUCCUCUCGGGAGUUUUAUGAAGUAUGUCUGCAAACUGUCGCAUACUCAGGAGCCAGACUACGACUUGUGCCGUUCGUGGUUCGCGAACGCUCUUAAACAGAUGAAGAUCCCGAACUCUGGAGAUCUGGAUUUUAAAUUGAAGCCACAAACCAGCAGCAACAACAACCACAGCCCACAGAAAACCAGCAAAGUGGCGGUUGCCAAAAGAGCUAAGAAAGUGGAAUCUCCUCUCCUGAACUCCUCGAUUGAGGAAGUUAUAUCGGCCAGCGACGAGGAGGAAGAAGUAGAAGUACUUCCGCGAAAGAGGCAACCCAUUAAACCUUCACCGAAAGCUCGGCCGGUCAAAGUGUCGCCCAGAAAACGGGUAGCUACUUCUUCCGCUGACCAGCACACUCCCCCAAAUCAGAAGCGUGUCAAGACUGAACCCAAUGGCACCAAGAGCACGCCAAAAGGGACACCCAAGGCCAGUCCCAGGGUGGGGGGUACUCCCAGUGCCGCCAAAUCUCAAACGCCCAGUGCAUCCAAGCUGCAAACUCCCUCGGCCAGUGCUAAAAUAAAUUUCAGUCCGGCCAUUUCCCUGCGUGGGCGACAGGGCGGCAAAACGGUGGUCAAUGAUGAUCUGACUCCGAAUCCCCGCUCCAAUAAAACCUACGAAUUUAAUUUUGAGCUCGAUGUGAGCAUGGAUGCUAAUGUUAUCGUAAAUGUUAAGCGCAAAAAGACCGCCAAGGAACAGGCGAAAUCGUCGCCCAAACCGUCUGCAUCUCGGAGCUUGGCCAGUUCCAAAGACUCUCCAGUUACUAGAGUGAAUCUGCGAAAGGUGAACGGUCAUGGGGAUGAAGGAUCUCCAUCGUCCAGCCGGAGUCCUCGCACACCAGCAGUCACCGUUCGCAAGUACCAACGAUAGGUGUCAUUGUUGUUUUUUUUUUGUGAGUUUCCAUUAUUGCAUUUAAUAAAGCCGCUGAUUAUUAUUUAUUAAUUUUUGAAACAUUCUGGGUUAUCCCC